AAUAAACAUAAUCCAUAGCGCGUCGCGUAAAAUAAGAAAGUCACGUGUUUUAUAAAGCGCAAUAUAAAGUUAUAAAGUAAAAGGCGAUCACACCAAACAUAUAACUAGCUUCUCAAGUGUUAAAAUCAAGUGUUUAGCAAAUCUUGCAGAACUUUUUGUCACUUUAUUACAAGCACGUGCUAAUUAAUCUCUUUGUAAAAAAAAUUUCUUGCUAACUUUAAAGUUUCUAAAGUCUUUGAAUUAAUAUCAUUUCCUUUUUUUCUGAUAUAUAUAAACUACCUUACUCAACUCAAACUCAAGCUAAUUGUUGCAAUUGCACUUAAUGAAGUCAUCAAUCGCGGGAGGAAAAGUAUUUCAAUUCAUUUCCCGGCAAAGAAGAGUGAAAAUUUGACUCAAUUUGGGCAAACACUUGAAACUGUUUAUUUAUUUAUUUGCUUAUUUAUCAGCACGCCAUGGCAACCACCCACAAAAACCGAAAAAAAACACACAAAUCCACAAAAGUUCAGACUCUUAAGAGAGUGUGUGUGUGUGUGUGUGCCAGAGACAGCUGUUCUGCCGGUAUAACAGUAUAACGGCUGAGAGCCAAGAAAAAAGGUAAACAAACCGGCUGUUGCAGUUUUACUUCCGACCAAGUUAAAGAGAGUGGCUAAGAGAGCGAACCGAAGAGAGGCUGCCAAAAGAUAUGGCCAACUCAUUUAGGGGGGAUUUUAAAGCAAAGAAUCCGUCCAAAUAAUCCAGUUAAUUGGCAACAUUUGUUACUCGAUUGUGGCCACAAAUUGCCUUGGACUUUUUCGUUUUUGGCUGUUGGCCAUAUUUCUACUACUAUUUUUUGGUGUGUUUUCUACUACCAAAGAGCAGCAGCAGCAGCGUAGUAGUAGUAGUAGCGACUUCGGGCCUUUAGCCGGCGAUGCACGAAAACCAGUUCGUGGCUAUCUCUGCUUCUUGUUAGCCAUCAACGCUUCAGCUCUGGCAGCGGGCAGAGCGUCGCUGUCUUGGCCAUUUCAGUUGAGCUUUGCCAGCCGAACGAAAGAGUCGAACUCGCCGCUGCGUCUGUCUGUUAGCGUGUUCUUCUGGUCUUCCCAAUUCAAACAAAAAUUCAAACUCGUGUUCGCGUUAACUGAAAUCGGAAAAGAGCCAACAAGAAGUAGUAGCAACAGCAGCAGCAGGAGCAGCAGCAGCAGCAGCAGCAGCAAUAUUGCAGCAGCUACAGCAGCAGCAUCAAAAUCAAAACACGUUUUACUCCCGCACAUUGAAAACGGUAAUUUGAACCCCGCAAAAAGAAACCAAAACAAAAAAGCAAAACAAAAUUGUUGAAUUAAUUAUAAACAACGGUAGCCUGUUUGCUGGCGAAUUUGCUUGCAAUUUAUGAACAGUAUUUCCCAUACACAAUUUGGAAUACAAAUAAAGCCAAUACAAAAAAAGGAUUUAAUAAUUUUCAACCAAAUUUUUUAAUUUCAUAAAUAUUUGUGCUUGUGUUUCUUAACGAAAAAAGUGUAGAGGCAAGAAAAAUAAUAUGGAAAAAUGCGUUUAUAAAUAUUAAUAUGUUUGGUUUUGAAUAUUUGUGUGUCGCCUUUACUUUCGACGUCGGUAUCGUUUUUGUGUGUCGUUAUUUUGCAUUAUUAAAUUAUUAAUUACGAUUAAAAACCCGUCAAGUGGAAAGCAGAGAGCAAAGUCAAGGACAACAUUAUUGGACCAAAACACAAAAAAACGCUACUGGACUUUGCGACAGAGAACUCAACGUGAUUGUUUGGUAAUGUGAUCGGUGAUCUUCGGGAGCAAUUAGAAGACUAAACAAAAGGACAAAGGACACCACUGAACUCCACUGAACUCCACUUCACUCGGGGCCAAGCUUAUCGACUGGCAAAGCCAACAUAGGAGACGGGAAACAGGAAACAGCGACAAGGAUCCCCUCAAUUCGCACACUGUGGCCAGCGGAGGAGUAGGAAAUCGAACCGAAUGCAGUAUCUCAACUACGCACUGCAGACAUCCACGCGACUGCUGACGUACCAGGGAAACCACAACCAGGACCUGUAUCCCGGCCAAGCGACGACCGGAGUGGAGGAGGAGAUCAAGCACGCCUGUUGCAGUCGCGGUGCCCAGCUGCUGAGGUUGCGCCACCGUGAGCUGGCCAAGCGCCGGGCACUCGAGGAUCAGAUUAAUUGCAACCAGGAGGAGGAGGAGCAGCAGGACGAAGAGGAGGAGGACGACAGGGAGCUAGAGUUGGACAGCGACCAGGGAGCCGUCGGCGGGGAGCAGCUGCAUCCGCAGCCAGUCCAAUGAAACUUACUCUCAUUUAAUGUGCAACUGGCGCGCAGCAAGCUGCUCUCGUUCUUCAACCGCG